AUGAAAUUCAAAGCAAUAAUGAAUGAUAAUAGUAAAAUGAGAGAAUUUCUAAGUGUUGCUUUAACAUUAGGGAAGCAUGAGCCUAACAUAAUUAUUAUAUCCAGAAAUGAUUCAAUGACAUUCACAAUUCCAAGAGACUCUAAUAAGCCUUUUAUUUGGUUUGAUAUCAACAGUUCUACGUUUUUUAAUUUAUAUAAGCUUGAAGGAGUAAAUCCUGAAGAUCCUGAAGAUGAUGUCAUUUACUGUCAAGUUAAUGCAUCUUAUUUCAUCACAGCUCUUAGUAAUAUUAAAAAAGCAGCAACGUUUGUGGAAAUAAAGCUUCAGAAAGAAGAAUUUCCAUUCUAUACUAUUAAUAUGAAAAUUCCUUCUCCAAACGAUCAAGGGAAAGAUUUUAAUAUAAGUAACAAAGUUCCUUGUUUGAUUCUACCUCGCAUUGAUUGGGAUUACUAUGAACUCCCUUAUGGAACAAUUCCAUUUGAUACACAAUCCAAAUGUCCUCGCUUUGCUACAUUCAAACGCUUUAUUGAUUCAUUCAAAUAUUCGAACAGCAUUCGAUUUACAAUGCGACAAGAUGAUACUUUAAGUGUAGAAGAGAAUUUGGAAGCAACAAGACAUUUUACAAUUUUCACCAAAGUUAAAGUAACAGAAUAUUCAAAUGAGGACAAGGCUCAUAAAGGACCAGGUAUCAGUGUUCUUGUCGAACGGAAAAAAAUCUCCUUUUGGAUUCAUUCGUUAUCGUUUCAUGUACCAAUCAACUUAAAUUGCUGUAUUCACAAUAACAAACAUCUCGAGCUUUUCUUCCGUAUUAGAAAUGAAGUUCAUUCUCAUUUUAUCAUCCCAGCUGAUUAUAGUGAAGAAGAUUCUGAUAAUGAAAUUGAAACAUCAGACAGAGACUGA